AUGCAUGCUUUACAUGGUGUUGCAGCGACACAUCUAUGCCAUCUGAUUCCCGUCUCUCAGGAUCCUGUUCAACACAAGCGGAGCAAGGUUGCCGCAGCCUAUCACUGGCAGAAAUGCCUCCAGUUAUUUCGGGAAGAACUGGAAGCUGGUCCCACCAGGCAGAAUAUGGACGCCCUGAUAUCGACAGUCAUGUUGAUAUCCACCCAUCAAUUCAUGUUGCCUGAAUCGGAAUCAGAGCCGAGCAAGAGUUUUGUGUAUGCCCCUGCUCACCAGCGAGAGACUUGUAUCUCUUGGCUAUUCAUCAAUUCCGGCUUUACGGCCCUGUGGCGAACAUUGGGCGAGAACGUUGCGCAGUCCUCAUGGAUGCCAGUGCUUCAGGAUGCUGAUAUUCAGACGUUGAGAUCUCCAGCUCACAUGUGGACGCCGAAAGACGAGACUCACAGGAGUUUUCUUGAAGUCUGCGAAAUCGAAACUUUCAGUACCCCCGAUGCAAACCCGUAUUACACUCCACUGGAAAGCCUAUUACUUCUGCGCCGAUUGAGGUCCGAUGGGAACUUUUUCAACAAGGCGAUCAAUUUCCUGGGCAACAUUGACUCAAGGUAUCAUCGACUCUUGAUUGCAAGAGACAAACGAGCACUCAUCAUCCUGGCACAUUGGCUGGCCCUCAUGGCCGAAAUGCAGCAGUGGUGGCUCAGUGGAAGAUGUAAGGCUGAGUGCCUGGCCAUCACCACAUUUCUAAUGCAUGAUCGGGAUGUCCGUGUGUUGAGACUGUUGGAUUAUCCUGCCAGAAUUGCCGGUAUGACAGUUUCUGAGAUUUCAUCCACAGUACUGGAGGAGGCACUUUACGAUCCAGGCAAAUCUUGA